GGAUUCGCCAAUCUGCAGCAGGUGUUCGUGUUCAAACUCUUCACCGAGGCGCCCUCCUCGAACAAGGGGUGGAAGGACCGGUGGUGCAAUGUGAAGCUAGCCGAGAGCCCCUUCCCGAGGGAGCUGCGUGACCGCUUCAGGAGGCACGAGAAGAGGAGGAGCGCCGCCCUCGAGAAAGAUGGCAGGAUUCUGGCCAUGGUCCCGGAGGGCCGGGACAAGAAUAUCUCCAUCAAGGAUUGCACCAAAGAAGCAGAUCUCUACACCCUCGGGUUCCGGCGGUACCGGUUCCUGGGGGAAACUGAUGAGAAGUUCCCAGUGUUUGAGGGAGCCUCCGGAGGUAGUAGUUGAGGGCAUUCUCACCCUCAUCUUAGCACGUUUGUUCAUUUGUUUUGUUAAUCCUUUAUGCCUUAGUAGUGACCCCUCGAUCCUAACCCCUCAUUUUUUUUUUGCAGGUGUUCCAGUAAGUAUGAUGAACGUCAAAGGCCUCGCCCGAUUCAAGAACAAACCGGCCAAGGAUCCGAAGGGGCCGGACGCAGGUGGCCAAAAGCCCGUCGGUGCGCCCCUCAAAAAGCCUGAGGGCGAUGCUGCUGCGGCUAAGAGGAAGCCGUCGGCAAAGGAGCCCCCCCCCCAAGCCCCCAAAAAGUUAAAGAAGGGGGAUGCCGCGAAGGAUGACCCUCCGGUGGUGAUUAUAGAUGACCCUCCGGAGAUGCCGACGGCGCAGGUGUCGAGGGGGGUCCGGGAGCCAUCUCUCGAGGUCCUCACGCUCUCCCUUCCGGCUGGCACGGCCGUGUUGAAUGGCACGGCUGACCCGAGGGCGCUCCUGAGAGGUAUAACCCUCGAUAUCGACAGGGCAGCUCUCGGGGCCGAUGAUGAUCAAGCCCUUGAAGACAGGAUCCUCCGGUCUUCCCUCACGAUGAACUUGCGUUGCCCUCGGGGAGCAGUUCCGACGGCUGGAGGAAUGGCGCCUCCACAAAGCUAGGCAAGACGCCAAGAUGAAGGAGCUGAUCCUUAGGGACUCCCAGGCCACGAAGCUGAUGGCCCAGCUUGAGGAGGACCUCCGGCUUGCGAGGACGGAGGCCGAGAGGCUCAGGGAGGAGAAGGCAGAAGCUGAGGCGGCCGCUGCGGAGGCCGCAAGGAGAGCAGCCGAGGAGGCCGAGGCCACCAAGGCGAAGGCUGUCGCCACAGCCCGGGAGGAGGCCAUCUCCGGGUUCCUGGACGGGGGGUGGAAGACCGAGGGGCACAAGGCAUGGUUGUCUUCGGUUGUUGAGGCCUCGGUUGAUGAAUGGUCCGAGGGCCCGGGGGAGGAGUGGAUGGCCCGGAAGGGUAAGCAGUAUUAUGAUGGGGGUGAGUUCUUCACUCAAGCCCUCAUCUACCGGAGGAUGGCCCGCCAUCUGAAGGUUGAGCCGAAGGACUUUGAUCCGGCGGCGUACGGGCUCCCCCCUCUGCAGCCAGAUAUCCGUGUCCCUCUCCCCCCUGAUGUCGAGAGGCCAGACCUGGAGGAUUCCGAGCUCCGAAGGGAAGCCGAGGGCGACGAUCCUGAGGCCGAUGCAGAAGUUUCCUCGAAGCCAUCGGGGGAGGCCGCCCCGGGGAAUGACAUGAUUUGAUAUGUAUUCUGUAAUUUGAACAAUUUUGUAAUAGCCUCGGCCUAACAUUGUAAUAACUAUAUUCACUCUUUGUUGUGAUGAAUGAUUGAAUGCCUUCGGGUUUUGUAUAUAUAAAUUGUUUUCUCCAAUUCCUUCCUUCUUGAAUGUAUGCCUCCGCUUUCCUUGAGUGUGUGCCUUCGGUAUUUUUGAAUGUAUGUCUAGGACUUAGAAUAUUUUUCGAUUGUAGCUUGCCCUUGGAAGCCUUCGGUAGUUGGGCACCCUCUGCUGGAUAUGCAACCGAGGGUUCAGCAGCAAUUAGGACUUAGAAAAUUUUCUAAGUGUAGCACAC